AUGGUUGAAGCCUGUAGAACUAAAACUGUCACUAAAACAUACCUAGUUGAUUUAGAUUUUGUGACGCCAAAAGAAUUUAAACUUUUCCAAAGAAUAGUGUUAUUCAUGAAAUUCUUAAGUGUCGAUGAUAAUGCUAAAGGCUUUCAUCUGUGGAAUGGUUCACGAAUAACAAUAAGCAGAAAUAUAAAACAGAAAGUUGAUCUUAUAAUUAACUAUACAGAUCCUUUAACUACAUAA